AGGUUUGACUCGCCCCCUCCGCGAUCCUGCAGAUACAUACAUACCCCAAGUUUACACAUCCACAAGCACGAUUUCUUUGAGAAGAGCUGUGAAAUUCAGAGCGAGUUGAGUGAUGUUGGAGCGACCACACUUCAUCCCAAGGAACCGUCGGGCGAACCUAUCCAAGUAUAAGUAUAGCGGCGAGGACCAUUCGAUCAUCUCUCGUUAUGUCUUGACACCCUACUGGAAUCGAUUGGUCACUUUUGUCCCCAUGAGCGUGGCCCCGAACUUGAUCACAUUAACUGGUCUGGUGUUCGUGAUGCUGAAUUUCGCAAGUCUGCUGGCAUUUCAACCCACUAUGGCAUGUUCUGAUAAGCCUUCGUUCGUGUCAAAAGCUGGAUCGUUGCUUGAAACUUCCCAAGGAAGCCUCCUGGACAAAUUCAAGUCGUUCGUGGGCCUCUCGAAUUUCCAAGCCAAGUGUCCCAGCGGUUGGCUAUAUUUGAGUUUUGCGUUGGGAUUAUGGAUUUACCAAAGCUUAGAUGCCAUUGAUGGCAAACAAGCCAGACGAACUGGAACCUCUGGACCUCUCGGAGAAUUAUUCGAUCACGGUUGCGAUGCCCUAAAUACCACUCUAGGCGCCAUUCUUGCCUCGGCAUCGUUGAAUCUAGGACAUUCCUGGUGGACGGUUGCUUCUCAAGUCGCAUCACUGGCCAACUUUUACCUCACGACCUGGGAAGAAUACCAUACCGGCACCUUGUUUCUGAGUAGUUUUAGUGGUCCUGUCGAAGGGAUUUUAUUGGUGAUCGGUGUCUUUUUUAUUACAUCCAUCUAUGGUCCGCCUUUCUGGGAUCAGGGAGUUUUAACUCUUUUGGGGCUCAAUUCAUUUCCUUUAUUGAAGAACUCUGGGCUGGAUUUUCCUCUGAACAAAUGCUCAUUGGCCUUCGCCAUCUUUAGUCUGGGAUCCAAUAUAUUAGGAAGUUACAUGAAUGUCGUAAAAAGCAACCGUGGCAAAAAAGGUUCUAGCGCCAAAACUCUGCUGGGACUAUUACCUUUUGUCCUACAAACGGCGAUCAAUCUCCUAUGGCUUCAUUCGCAACCAACUCUAAUGAGCCGCCAUCUGUUACCUUUUAUGGUAUACUACGGUUUGAGUUUUGCCUAUCUGGUUGGGCUUCUGAUCGUUUCACAUAUCCUCAAGGCCCCAGAAGUAUUCCCCUAUUGGAACGUAUUGCUCUGUUGGUCAUUUCUAGGCUUGGCCGAUUCUUACCUCAAUACUCUGACCUUCGGCUUGGUCAAGCAACCGUUCUUUCAAAACUCGGAAGCUGGGGUGGUCAAGUUUAUCUGGCUUAGUAUCCUAGUAUCCGGCCUUGUCUAUGCGUAUUUUGUGACAGAUGUAGUUCUAGAUGUUUGUGACUACUGUGAUAUAAAUUGUCUGACAAUCAAGAAGAAGCCUGAAGUCCAAAAGCUAGGCCAAGGUUCUCAAGACUCCCCCUCGAAAGCUGUCGAGACCACCUCCACCAGGGAGAAGGUCGCAAAUAUCCGCAAAAAGACCAAAAUAUUCUAACUCUUUAUGUCCUGCUGUCAACUCAUCGAUCUAAUCCAGCAUCUGAAGAUCAACUUACUUGUGUGUGAGAGAACAAGAGAGCUGCUUUCGAAUGUUUCCCCAACCCCAUUUGUGGAAUUAAUCUUGUCUUGGCCGUGUCUAAAAUUGAUUGUUUUUUUAUCAUCUCAGCUCUGUUUGUAUUCGAUUUCUGAUUCAGGUUCUACAACAUCGCAUCAGUUUUAACAUCAUCAUUUCACAUCACUUUCUGUUCACUUUCAGUUAUCUUUUCCGCUAUUCAUUCUCACACCUUUUGUCCCGGUACAAGUGGUUUUUCAUGCAUCCUAGAACAUCCUUUUCAAUGAUCUCUUACACACCUGUAAAAUUAUAUCAGUGUUUGAAAUUGAUGUCUAAUAUAUCAAUCAUUGAUUGCCCACUUCACUGCGGAAAAAAGAAAACAAGAAUGUGGAGAAUUAGAAUGAGUAACAUGCAGAUGGUGGCUUAUCUGAGGAAUCAUUUGAAA